GGAUGAUGAAGAAGAAAAGCAAGAUAGGGUUAGAAGAGAGGGGGAGCGGCGGCUGUAACUAGGUUAGGGGUUUGUACUCAAGUUAAUAAUAUAAAUCAGUAAAAUGUCUAUAAAGGAUAUGAUUAUGUAUUUGGAUUUGUAAUGUUGACAAGCAAGUCUUUGAUUGAAGUUAGUGAAUUGUCAAUUUUUUAUUUUUUUGCCAACCAUCUGAUUUUUAAAACAAUGAAACCCAAUCUCCCAAAAUUUUUAUACGAGUAUACGUUUUUUUCUUGAAAUAUUUUAGUUUUUUUUAUUGUUUAUGAUAAUUGUCCUGGAAACUUAGCUCGGUUAACGGGAAAAUAUAUCGAUAAGUGUUGUCGUGACUAACAAAACGCAAAGUGUAGGACACACGUGGCUUGUUUUGCCCGAUCACCAAACUUGAAAUACACCGCCACAACAAUCACAACUCCAGAAUUUAUUUUCUUCACGCACGUUUCUUCACUUUCAAUCAUUUAGGUCAAGGAUUUCAUAACUUCUUGUAAUUUACUUUAAUCUGACUGAACUGAAAGAGGAAUGCAAUUGAAUGCAAAUCAGAUAAAAUGAUGCAAGAUAAAAAUGGGACCACUCCAGUGGUGGACGUAUCCACCGACACCAAUCUUUCUAAGAUUGAUGACAAAGAUGUUUUAGAACAUUUUACAAGAGCCUCUGGAGAUGCUGAAGAGCCAAAGGCAGGUGAUUCGAAAGGCGGAGAAAAUAGUACAAAGGGCACAUCUCUUGAGGAAAUUGAUGUUUCUGCGGAGGUUAACAUGGAGGCAUCCAUAACACCUGAUGAUGUCAUUCGGGCUGGGGGAUUUGGUGCCAGAGAUGAUAUCAGUAGCUUUCUUCCUGUUGCAAGUGAUUCAACUGACUUUGAAGCUUCAAUCCGUGAUGCACGGGGUUAUGAGGAACCACAGGGAGAAGUGAGCAGGCCCGGACUUGGUUGGACUGGUGCGGCUAAGGGUGAAUAAAUAGUAAUUCUCACUGUUGUUGUAUGCACUUAUAUUUGCAACUUUCUAACUAGGGCGAUAAUCUUGUGUUUGUCUACUUAACUGAUCUUUGUUAAACUCAACGAGUCAUGUAAUAUCGAAAAAAAUCUUGUUACAAGUACUAUGAGAAUAUUUCAUGUAAAUAUAGUUGGUCUUUUACUAUUAUUUGUUUUUGAA